AUGGGUACAACAUUACUUAUGAGCUCAACUUACCAUCCACAAACAGAUGGGAAGACUGAGAGAGUCAAUGCAUGUUUAAAAUCUUAUUUAAGAUGCAUGACCAGUUACAGACCUACCAAAUUGAAAAGACAAGCUAUGGGGGUUAUACUCAAAUCCACUCUUGAAGAGGCACAAAACAGAAUCAAACAACAAGCUGAUAAGAAUAGGACUGAAAGAGAAUUCCAGGUAGGGGAAUGGGUUUAUUUGAGGUUACAACCUUACAGGCAAACAUCUGUGCAACUCAGAAGGAGUCUGAAACUGUCAGCCAAAUUCUUUGGUCUCUAUCAAUUCACUGCAAGAAUGGGGAAGGUAGCCUACAAGAUCUAUUUACCUUUUACUUCAAAAAUUCAUCCAGUGUUCCAUGUAUCACAGUUGAAGCCAAAGCUGGGAGAAGUGUUACUUCCACAGACCACACUGCCAUCAUUAGAUUCCAACGGAUAUAUGAAGGUCACCCCACUCCAAGUUUUGUCUACUAGAAAUGUGAAGAAACAUCAAGAACUUUUGGAGCAGGUUUUGGUGCAAUGGGCACACUCAACAGCUGCUGAUGCCACUUGGGAAGACAAGGCUUCUAUCAGAAAGCAGUUUCCAAAGAUGAUUCUUGAGGAAAAGAAUCAUAUUGAGUAG